AUGCAGACAUGGCGACGAACCUUCGCCACUUCUGUGGGCAGGUUAAGCCAUAACCCGGUCAAUGCUCGCCCCUCUAUUGUGCGGUGCGCGCAGAUCCUCCAACCUAGUCAGGCUGGUGGAGUCAGCAGCUUCGAGGACCGCGAAAUCAAAGUGAACGGAUUCAUUCGGUCUGUGCGGAAACAGAAGCGCUUCGCGUUCGCAGAAAUAUCCGAUGGCUCUACCGUGGAGCCAAUGCAAGCAAUUUUGAGCCCCGCGCAAGCAGCAGACCUGUCCACCGGAACUGCAAUUGAGAUAUCGGGGAUAUGGAAAGCUUGCCCACCGGGAAAAGAGCAGACUCAUGAGCUCCAGGCAACCGAUGUCACGGUUGUAGGCGCCUCAGAUCCUGAGACAUAUCCAAUUCAGAAGAAAUACCACAGCCCCGAUUUCCUACGCCAGAUUCCCCAUCUCCGCAUUCGAACCCCCUUCAACUCUCUCCUCUCGCGCUUCCGGUCUGAGUGCAUGUUCCAACUUGGCAAUGUGUUCCAUUCCCAUCCGGACGGGGCCUUUACACAAGUGCAGCCUCCCCUUAUAACUUCCUCAGAUUGUGAAGGGGCGGGCGAAACUUUCACAUUGACACCACGCGGUGCCGCCACGCCUAGCACAGAGAACGAGCAUUUCUUCCGAGCGCCGAAAUACCUGACUGUAUCGUCGCAGCUGCAUCUCGAAGCCUAUGCUGCAGAGCUGGGCAAUGUAUGGACACUGACGCCCGUGUUCCGGGCAGAGAAGAGUGAUACGCCGCGCCACCUCAGCGAAUUCUACAUGCUCGAAGCCGAAGUCAACUUCACGUCCGAUCUUGACUCACUCACUGGCUUAGUAGAAUACUUGCUGCGCGAUUUGACACGUCGCCUGUAUAAUACCACCGUUGGCCAGGAGCUCUUGUCAGCAAAGCGAUCUGGCGAGGCAGGCCAGGAAAGUGGCGCCGAGGAGGCAGGAUCUCUACGGCAAAGAUGGACUGAUUUAAUGGAUGGCCCGAAAUGGGACCGCGUCACAUACACCCAAGCAGUGGAGAUGCUCCAGCGCGCUGUCGCCGAGGACGGCGCAUCUUUCGAGCACCCCCCAACGUGGACUGGAGGUCUACAGCUCGAGCAUGAAAAGUACAUUGUCGACGUACUCCACCAAGGGCGCCCCGUCUUUGUCACGGACUACCCGAAAUCCGUCAAGCCCUUCUACAUGGCUCCUUCGCAGGUCGCCGACGGUACCAACGUACCCGGAGAGACAGUGGCGUGUUUCGACCUACUCCUCCCCGAGGUUAGCGAGGUCGCCGGAGGCUCCCUGCGCGAGCAUCGCCUACCUGAACUAAUCCAGAAUAUGCGCGAGCACGGUCUGAUCAAAAGUCGACAACUUCAAGAGUCUGGUGACCCAGCUUCGGGCGAGCCGCUGUAUCCCCAUCUUGCCUCUGACGAGGACCUGAGCCACCUCCAAUGGUACGCAGACCUCCGUCGUUGGGGCUCUGCUCCCCAUGGAGGCUUCGGGAUCGGAUUUGACCGAUUUCUGGGAUACUUGAGUGGCGUCUCCAGUAUCCGGGAUAUCGUAGCCUUCCCGAGAUACUUCGGCCGGGCUGAUUGUUGA